AGUUAUUCCAUUCAAGCAACAUGUACCGUGGCAUAGAAACGAAUUCAGGCGAUAACCUUCAAAAAAACCGGUCUGUCAAUGUCCCCAAAACGAAUUGUGUAUCGUAAUUUGCUAGCCUCGUCUCUCUGUUUAUAAGUAGUCGAUAAUAUGGAAAGUGAUUCGUCCAGUUUCAUCGAUACGACCUACAGCGUAGACCUAUGUAUAGACAACUUCAUAAGGAAAAAUAAGGAGGAGAGAAAAAAGAACAAAGAAGAUGAAGCGAAUAAAAGAAGGAAAAAGUUCGAGGAGUUCAUGGCCAGCGACCCGAGCGAGAUAUUCUCCAGUUUCGAAGGGAUGCAUUUCUACAAGUUCACAGAGAACAAGAUAAAAUUCGGUUUUAACCCGUCGGAAGUGGUCCACGUCUCCGGAAAGAUCAAGUUCGUCUGCAUACUGAGAUACACGGGAAGUUAUUGGAGGCUGGGGAGGAAUACGAUACCGUCGAAUUGGAAACUGAGAAUCAGCGAUUUGUUCUACGCGGGCGAGCCUGUGGGAGACGGGCAGAUCCUGGACGUCAUAGAAGAAAUUCACUCCGUAUUUAUGGAGUGGAGUGAGGAGUAUGAGGAGUUCCGGAAGAGAAAGAUACAGAAAUAUUGGAAUGGCGAGAUAGAUUUUUUCGAAUUGGAUUCAGAAGAUGAGUUAUAUUUGAGCCGUGAAGAGUGUGUAGAGCUGAGGAAAAAACGUGAAUGUAUUUUGAAGAGAAUGAUUCCUCCGGCCUCUACAGGACCUUCGAAGAAAAGUAGGAUAAGGUCAAAAAAGACGGAUAUGACACCGUUCACACCGUUCCCCGGCAUGGGAAUAGACUCAGAUUGACGAGUGCAUUUGUUUUUCUAGAUUUAUCCAACUUUACAGUUGGUCGAUAUUUUUCUUAUUAUUAUUUAUCCAUUAUUUAUUAUAUCUACCUAGUUGAAAGUUAUAUUGAUGCUUUUGAUAUAUGUACCUACUGUUAUUCUACUAUUCACCCUAACUGAUUAUAUUAUUAUUGUAUUAUAUUAUUCAAAAUGUUUGUUAUAUCGGUUUAUUGAUUUAUAAAAUGAUUCUUGCAACUUUUUUCUUGUAAUCAAUAUAUUAUUAUGCCAUAAGAA